AUGGAGUCUCCGGACAACAGUACUUCCGGAUCCCAGUUCGACGCUUCCGGUCUGGGUGGGAAGCCACCCCGGAACACCGCCAACGCCCGCGAGCGCGAUCGCACGCACAGCGUGAACACGGCGUUCAUGACGCUGAGGACGAUGAUCCCCACGGAGCCCGCCGACCGGAAGUUGUCCAAGAUCGAGACCCUCCGUCUGGCCGCCUCCUACAUCGCGCACCUCUCCACCGUCCUCAUGGUCGGGGCGGAGGGCGUGGACCAGCCCUGCAUCAAGCAUCAGACGAUGAUGAGGGGGGCGGGCGGGGACAGCAUGCCCAAACCUGUUUGCACCUUCUGUCUCAGCGCUGCACGAAAUAGACCGGUUCGGCCAGAGAGCUGCAUGUUCAAAGAGGUUCGUCACGCCAUGCCAAUCGGAAGUCGACGAUGA